AUGACGUCUGUUUCGACUGACUAUAUCAGUGUAGGAGGAAACAGGCACCCGGGUGCGGCGGAUUGGGAUGUCCAGUCAGGUGUACUGGCCUACGGUGCAGACAAUAAUGUCGCCUUGUGGGAGCCUCUGGAACCCUCUCAUCGUGGGGUGUAUGCUCUGCUUGUAGGCCACUCCGACAAAGUCAGCAUAGUCAGAUUUUACACAUGCCCCUCCUCAGGAACGAGAUUCCUUCUUACCGGCUCCGUCGAUCGAACAAUUCGUGUAUGGCAACAAGAUCCCGACGACUCGCGCAAUUACAAACAUGCCUUCACGCUCGAGGGCCAUACAGGGUCGGUGAAUGCACUAGCUGUGGCCGACGGGUCAGACAUUGUUGCGACUGGAGCUGCCGACGGAACAGUGCGUACCUGGAGAAUCAAUGCGCAGGGCGGAUUGAAGUGCGAGAUACUUGAAACAAUCACAUUGAAGCCUCGUUUUUUCCCGUUAUCUCUAGCUCUGCGCGUGCUCGAGGGCGAGCAGGGAAAGCCGUUGGUCUUGGCUGUUGCGGGGACUACGACUACAGUGCAGAUUUAUGUUGCAGAGACCUCUGUCGACCAGCCAACUUUCCAACGUCGCGCAGUGCUUUCUGGUCACGAGGCUUGGGUUCGGUCUCUCUCGUUCACGCAAGACACACAGAGCAGCACAAACGACAUCUUGCUUGCUUCGGCCAGUCAGGACAAGUACAUUCGUCUAUGGCGACUGCACCGAGGCGAAGUAAAGAAUGCCUCGCCAAUUGAUGAUGAGGAUCCUCUUCUGGGUGGUAUGGAACCAACAUUAUCGAAUAAAGCCCAUGAAUUUGAAGCGGCUGGCUCUAAAUUCUCUAUCACUUUUGAAGCCUUGCUGUUUGGAAACGAAGACUGGAUUUACACCGCCAUGUGGAACCCCGACCCAGCACGGUCACAGCUUCUAUCAGCCUCUGCUGACAACACGAUCACGAUCUGGGAACAAGACCCGGUAUCCGGUGUCUGGAUGUCAAUGGAGAGAAUGGGAGAGAUCAGUGUGCAGAAGGGAUCGACUACGGCCACUGGUAGUGCUGGUGGCUUCUGGAUUGGACUCUGGGCACCGGAUGGCAAGAAAGUGGUCAGCCUGAGCCGGACAGGCAGCUGGAGAAUGUGGCAGCACGACGCCGAUGCAGACAUCUGGGUACAGAGGUUUGGCGUCACAGGGCAUGUGCGUCCAGUCAAUGGAGUACAAUGGGAGCCUAGCGGCGGUUAUCUGCUUUCUACUAGCGCCGACCAGACUACACGUCUUCACGCUCAAUGGCAGCGGGACAAUAAGCGCUCGUGGCACGAAUUUUCACGCCCCCAGAUUCAUGGAUAUGACCUGAACUGCAUCGAUACACUGGGCCCAUUGCAAUUUGUUUCUGGCGCAGAGGAAAAAUUGUUGCGAGUAUUCAAUGAGCCUAAGCAGAUCGUGGAAUUGCUCGAGAAGCUGACAGGUUUCAAACAAACGGUCAGAGGCGAGCUUCCAGAUACCGCUGAGAUCCCUGUUUUGGGUCUUUCGAACAAAGCUCAUGGAGAUGAGGCUCCCGUGGAAGAAGAAGAAGGAGAACAGGCGGAAUCCAGCGCACCCUCUGUGCCUGCAAAUUCUUUAUUGGCUGAUACCCCGCCGCUUGAAGACCAGCUAGCGCGAUACACAUUGUGGCCGGAGCACGAGAAGCUCUACGGUCACGGUUAUGAGAUCUCUGCUGUUGCAGUCAGCCAUGACCACAAGCUCAUUGCCACUGCCUGCAAAGCAACAUCUAUCGACCACGCCGUCAUUCGCUUGUACGAUACAACGGACUGGCACGAGAUCAGGCCCUCCCUCACCGCACACUCGUUGACCAUCACGGACCUGUCAUUCUCCGAUGAUGACCGAUAUCUUCUCAGCGUCGGCCGAGACCGUCAAUGGGCAGUGUUCGCACGAAUUGAUCAGGAUCCGACUACGUUCACCUACUACGCCUCAAAUCCCAAGGGUCACUCUCGAAUGAUUUUGGGUGCGGCUUGGGCGCCAGCACCAGCCACUAUAGAGCCUGUUUUUGCCACUGCAGGACGUGAUAAAUCGGUCAAGAUCUGGCAAAAAGCCGAAGAUAAUUCCUUUGUCUGCAAAACAACCGUGGCCCUGACAUCCGCGGUUUCUGCCAUUGCAUUCUCGCCUUCGCCAUACAAGAACUCCUUCAUCCUCGCAGCGGGCGAGGAUAACGGAGCCAUCUCCAUCCACCGAAUCGCCAGUGAUAGUCUUGAAGCCAAACAUGUUGUGAGUAUCGACCGGCUCAUAGCCCCAUCGAGAGCAAUUACCCAGUUGUCAUGGCGGCCGGUGCUCGCCGAGGAGGACCGACUCGAACUGGCUGUGGGAAGUGAAGACACUUCCACGCGUAUUUACACCAUCUCAAAUAUCUCUUCCUAG